AGUCCCACAGUUUGGCUCAAGAGUUGGAUUAUUUCAGGGCAGCUUGUGAUGUAGCCAGUUUUUCAAUUGAUGGCCAAGGCUCAAUGAGCGGGUACUCCGGGACCGAUUGCCAGAUUCCUUCGGUGCCUUCAUCCUUCGCGCCAGGUCAUGGCGAAGGGCUGGAGGAUAAGGGUUGUGGCAACGGAACAUGGACAUCUGUCGAACAGCUGGUUGCAGUGCCAGUCAGGCCAUUCACCUUUACCGAAGCUCCACAAACCAUUACCGCAGGUGGGCAAUAUGGAGUCUUGGAGUAUCACGGCUCAAUCUCGAAGCCUCAUCAUCCUGGCGAAGCUGAGUUCUACCUAUUGAGGGGUGUUUUGACAGAAAAUGAAGCUGCUCAGUUGCUCGCAACCUGCAGCCAAGCCUUAAGUGAAGCGAUUGGAAGCGGAAAGGGAAGAGAUCUGGACGUGGAUGGACGACCUCGUUUUGCUGUGGAAGUGGCCGAACUUGGAGUUCUGGACGGAAAAGGUUCAGCUCUACGGCCCCUUGUGGAAACGGUGUUGCUUCCACUGGUGCGGCAGAAAUAUGGCCAGACAGCGGCGCUUUCAUCAGCAUGUUUCAGACGUUUUGUUCCAGAGGAACGCCGCUUUAUUCCUCCACACCAAGAGUAUGAUUCGUUUGCGGUGAUGACGAUUGCUUUGCAGGAGUCAGCAUCUUACACAGGUGGUUUUUUUUUGCAAGGUUCUGGCAAAGCUUUUGUGGACCGGAAAUUCCUGCAGCUCGGUCGUGGAGAUCUAUGUAUUUUUCAAUAUGAUCUGUGCCACGGUGUUGAUGUGCAAGAGGGAUCUCAUCUGGAGCUGGUAUUGCACUUCAAGGAUUCUCCGCAAGCAGUUGCAGAUGGAUCCUGCCCGUGGUAUUCGAAGAUGGUGGAAGUUGGGGAUCCUGACGGGCUCUUCGGUCAUGCGCUGUCUUUGGUGAAGAAGGACUUUCCAGCAGCCAAAGAAUUUGUGGAGAAGGCGUGUGAGCAGGAUCACGUUGAAGCGCUUUACACUGCUGCUGAAUGGUUUUGGGAUUCUCCAUUUGGACUUGAGGAGAGUCAGAAUUCCUCUGCGUCUGUGGAGCUGUGGCGUCGUGCCGCCGAGCUGGGGCAUUGCCGGUCAAGGAGUCGCUUGGGCAGCUUGCUGAUGCAGGGCGUGCCAGGCCGCUUGCAGCAGGAUAUUUGGGAAGGCAAACGGUUGCUUCGACUUGCUUUUGAGCAAGACGAUCCUGAUGCCGCGUUUCACUUGGGCCAAGCCUUGCUGCAAGAUGGAGACCGUGAUGGCGUGACCAAGCUCUUGGCAGCCUGCGCCAAGGGUCAUCCCAGGGCUUGCUUCCAGGUGGCUGAGUUGUACCGGGAGGGCCAAUUCCAGUUCCCCAAGGACCUUCGGCAAUCAGUGCGCUACACGAAGUGGGCGGCUCAUCAAGGAGAUGCACAGGCAUUGAGCAACCUCGGCCAUUUGCUCAUCAAUGGUAUGGGAGUGGUGAAGGAUGAAGCCAAAGCAGUGAGAUUGUUUCGUCAUGCUGCAAAACUCGGUGCUGCAGAGGGAAUGCUGAACUAUGGUUUGGCAUUGCUUCGAGGAAGUGGCGGUGUCAAGGUAGACUACCAAGAAGCUUUGGAAUGGGCGCAGAAGUCUGCAGCGCUGGGGCACAGCUUGGCUCAUCAGCAGCUUUCCACGUUCUUCAAUGCAGCCAAGAAUCCUAAUCCGCCAGCUCGGUGCGUGCCGUCUUCGAUGCAGGAGCUUUGUUCACUUGGUGUGAAAGAACUUCGAGACCUUCUCCGUUUGGAAGGCAUUGACUUUUCUGACUGCAUCGAAAAGUCAGAUCUGCUUGCAAGGGCAGCACUACACCUGCCUGGAGUCACUGAGCCUUGGGAUGCAGCGCCUGAGCACACAAUGCUGUUGGAGCCUAAAAGGAUCAACAAAGAGAUUCUCAGGCAGCGAGGACAACUUCCUAGCCAAGGCUGCCAGGGUAAUGGAAAGUCCGGGGCUGACAGAGACCCAACAGCCCUGGAUGGUGCUAUCAAACAAGGAGCUACAUCUUCAGGCACUCAACGUAGUGAAGUGAUUCCUGGGCUAUCACAGGCAGAAAAGCUACCUGAAGUUUUUGAACUUGCCGACUAAGGAGCUUAGCAUUGACAAAGCCGAACAAUGUUUGACCGUGUUCUUUCGCCUCGGAAGGGCAGUCCACAGUUUUGUCAAUCAAGGACCAUUUUGAGGUCUUCCCGAUAUGAGAUGUUUGUGUCAGAAACUGUUUCUGAUGAUGUGAUAUGUACUAGAUCAGGAUUGUUUCAUGAACAAAUUUGGUAGAUCCGGACGAUUUGAUCUCAUCAAAGAGAGCAAAGUCUCUGAAGAGUCAAUUGGCGCCAUCCUCAGCUGUCAAAGGGGAGGCCUUCUUGACCUCUUCGCCCUCCGAGCUUUGCCAAAAAGGAUCCAAGCAAGAAUGCAAGAGGAACACAUUGUUUGCUUGCUACAGAGCAGGAGCCUGCAACAACCAGUAAUUAAUAGGUGAGGAAGAACAUGAUUAAAGAACACG